ACAUCAUAACCUUUGCAGGGCUCGGGAACGGAGCGCCCCCUGGCGGACACGCACAGGACCCGCAUUUGAGCGUUCUCAGUGAAUGUUUUAUACUUUGGUCUCACUUCUUAAUGUUACUCUCUUUCAUUCAACCACAACUUUGCAACAAAAUGCUUCCCUGCCACAGACCUCUGCCUGAGUUUACCUCCACCUCCCCCUUUGUAAGACUGCCAAUGUCAUCCUUCUAAACGGCUCAGCUGCUUUAAUCCUGGCGGCUGACCACCGAAGAUAUGGGGACGCGUGCUCUGAACGCUGCUUGCCGUUCUGUGCCGGCAUAGCUGGAAACUAUUGCAUGUUUCAUUUACACACUCAGUAAGAAAUUGCCAUAACAGCUUUUAAUUGGAUUUGCAGGCUAUGGCCGGUGGACAGGAUGGCCUGCAGGCUCCACGCUGCAUGUGAACCGGCCCAACUUCUUUAUUACUAGAAAGGACUCGUCAUACAAACUCAUGCAUGUGUAAUCCAUCCACUGCGGAUCCCUUGAAGAAUUGAUGCUGGGUUUUCUGGAGUGAUUGCGUGGUGUUAAACUGCGGACAUGGAGGGAGCAAAGAAAGAUGCCCCCCCUGGGGGUGAUGGAGGCAAAACAGACACCCUUGGGUCCACCAGCUCCGCCAGGAAAAGGGGAGGGGGGGCCAAGAAGGCGAUGCAGGCAAAUAAGUCUGCCCUCAGGGCCCCACGAGCCCUGUGCUGCCUGACCCUCAGCAACCCCAUCCGCAUGGCUGCCCUGGCCCUGGUAGAGUGGAAACCCUUUGAUAUUUUUAUUCUAAUUUCAAUUUUCGCCAACUGCGUGGCCAUGGGCGUCACCAAGCCGUAUCCGGACGACGACUCCAACGCCACCAACCACCAACUGGAACAAGUUGAGUACGUCUUCCUUGUCAUCUUCACCGUGGAGACCUUCACCAAAAUCCUGGCCUAUGGCUUAGUCAUGCACCCCAGCGCCUACAUACGCAGCGGAUGGAACCUGCUGGACUUCAUCAUCGUCAUCGUCGGCUUGUUCAGCGUGAUAGCCGAGGCCAUGACGGACCAUAAGCCGGGGGAGGCCCACCACGCUGCGGGCAAGCCCGGAGGCCUGGACGUCAAGGCUCUCCGGGCGUUCAGGGUGCUCCGACCGCUUCGCCUCGUCUCCGGCGUGCCAAGUUUGCAGAUCGUGUUGAACUCCAUCAUGAAGGCCAUGGUCCCGCUCCUCCACAUCGGGAUGCUGGUCAUGUUCGUCAUCAUCAUCUACGCCAUCAUCGGGCUGGAGCUCUUCAUCGGCCGGAUGCACAAGACGUGCUACUCCGUCACCACAGGGCUCAUGAUAGAGGACGACCCGUCGCCGUGCGCGUUCGCUGGGAGCGGACGCUUCUGCGAAUGGAACGGGACUGAGUGCAGGGGCAAAUGGGAGGGUCCCAACGGUGGGAUCACAAAUUUCGACAACAUCUUCUUUGCCAUGCUGACAGUUUUCCAGUGUAUCACUAUGGAGGGUUGGACAGAUGUUCUAUACUGGAUGAACGAUGCCAUUGGAUAUGAGAUCCCCUGGAUCUACUUCGUCUCUCUGGUCAUCUUUGGAUCAUUCUUCAUCAUUAAUCUUGUCCUGGGUGUGUUGAGCGGAGAGUUCUCCAAGGAAAGAGAGAAGGCUGUGGCACGCGGCGAGCUGCAGAAGGCGCAGGAGAGCAAACAGAUGGAGGAGGACAUGAUCGGCUACAUGGACUGGCUCAUCGAGGCCGAGGACGUGGACGAGGAAGGAAACAAACGUGCCGCGAUUGCAAAGAAGAAGAUGAUGAAGAAGUUCGGCUGGUACAAACACAGCGAGGACGGCGGAGAGUCGGACUCCGACGACGACAUAGCGUACCUGGACGACGACAACGGCUGCUGCGCUUCCCUCAUGGCAAAGAUGAUGGCCAACAGCUUCUGUGACCAGCUGUGCCAGCUGAAUCACACCAUGAGGAAGAACUGCCGCGUAGCUGUUAAAACCACCAACUUCUACUGGCUGGUCCUCCUCCUGGUGUUCCUCAACACGGUGGCCAGUGCCUCGGAGCAUUACGGGCAGCCCAAGUGGCUCACGGAGAUGCAAGAGCGAGCCAACAAGAUCCUGCUGAUGCUCUUCACCCUGGAGAUGCUGAUGAAGAUGUACGCCUUCGGCCUGCAGAUCUACUUCAUGGCGCUCUUCAACCGCUUCGACUGCUUCGUGGUGUGCGGCGGCAUCCUGGAGACGCUGCUGGUGGAGCUGGAGGUCGUUCCGCCCAUCGGCAUCUCUGUGCUGCGGUGCAUCCGACUGCUCCGCAUAUUCAAGAUGACUCGGCACUGGGCGGCCUUGUCUGACCUGGUCAACUCGCUGCUGAACUCCAUGAAGGCCAUCUGCUCCCUGCUGCUCCUGCUCUUCCUCUUCCUCAUCAUCUUUGCCUUGCUGGGCAUGCAGCUGUUCGGAGGCAAGUUCAACUUCGACGAGACCCAAAUGAAGAGAAGCACCUUCGACUCGUUUCCUCAGGCUCUGCUCACCUGUUUCCAGAUCCUCACUGGAGAGGACUGGAACGCUGUGAUGUACGAUGGCAUCAUGGCCUACGGAGGGCCCAUCUUUCCCAACAUGGUGGUCUGCAUUUACUUCGUCAUCCUCUUUGUUUGUGGUAACUACAUUCUGCUCAACGUCUUCUUGGCUAUCGCCGUCGACAACUUGGCAGGAGGAGGCGGAAAGAAAAAAGUGGAAGAGAAAAAGGAAGAGGAGGAAGAGUGGGAUGAGGAUGAAGAGAAAGAGGAUGAAGACGCAGGGAAUGAAGACGACGAUUGGCAGGAAAACGAGGAGCUGAGGGCCAUCGAGGGACUGGAGGGGGUCGCUCCACUGAAGCCAGAGUUCUCGGGGCCCAAGGAGAAGAUCGUCCCGAUCCCCGACGGCAGCUCCUUCUUUAUUCUCGGAAAGAAGAACUGUUUGCGUGUUGCCUGUCACAACCUCAUCCAUCACCCGUACUUCACCAACUUCAUCCUCAUCUUCAUCAUCUUCAGCAGCAUUUCCCUGGCGGCUGAAGAUCCAAUCAAAUCGCACUCAUUCAGGAACAUAGUAAGACGACCACUUCUCACCUCCACCUUCAUUCAGGAGCUCGCGCUAACUAGCUUUGGCUUUUCUCAGGUGCUCGGCUACGCCGACUACGUCUUCACAUCCGUUUUCACGGUGGAGAUCGUACUGAAGAUGACCGUCUACGGGGCUUUUCUGCACACCGGCUCCUUCUGCAGGAACGCCUUCAACCUCCUCGACCUGCUGGUCGUCAGCGUGUCGCUCACGUCCUUCUUCCUGCAUUCCAGCGCCAUCUCUGUGGUGAAGAUCCUUCGAGUGCUGCGUGUGCUCCGGCCCCUGCGCGCCAUCAACAGGGCCAAGGGCCUGAAGAACGUGGUGCAGUGCGUGUUCGUGGCCAUCCGCACCAUCGGCAACAUCCUGAUCGUCACGACGCUCCUCCAGUUCAUGUUUGCGUGCAUUGGAGUGCAGCUCUUCAAGGGUAGAUUCUACAGCUGCACAGAUGAGGCCAAACACACUCCAGAGGAAUGCAAGGGAACAUUUGUUGUCUAUAAGGACGGAGACAUGAACCACCCGAUGGUGAGAGAGAGGAUCUGGCAGAACAGCGACUUCAACUUUGACAACGUGCUGAUGGGCAUGUUGGCUCUAUUCACCGUGUCCACCUUCGAAGGCUGGCCACAGCUUCUGUACCGAGCCGUGGACGCCAACGCCAUCAACCGAGGGCCCAUUUACAACUACCGGGUAGAAAUCUCCAUCUUCUUCAUCAUCUACAUCAUCAUCAUCGCCUUCUUCAUGAUGAACAUCUUUGUGGGUUUCGUCAUCAUCACGUUCCGAGAGCAAGGCGAGGCCGAGUUCAAAAACUGCGAGCUCAACAAGAAUCAGCGUCAGUGUGUGUACUAUGCCCUGAAGGCUCAGCCCAUCAAGAUUUACAUCCCCAAAAACCCGUCCCAGCUCAAAUUCUGGAGAAUUAUCAACUCCAGCCAGUUUGAAUAUGUCAUGUUUGUGCUGAUUCUGGGAAACACGCUCACGUUGGCCGUUCAGCAUUAUGAACAGUCCAAACUCUUCACCUCCAUCAUGGACAUCCUCAACAUGAUCUUCACCGUGGUCUUCACCAUAGAGAUGAUCAUCAAGCUAAUGGCUCUGCGGGCGCACCACUAUUUCAUCGACCCGUGGAAUUCAUUCGAUGCUUUGAUCGUCGUGGGGAGCGUGUUGGAUAUUGCAGUGUCUGAGUUUAGUGGAGGAGGCGGCCAUGGUGAGGGAGGAGGAAAAGGAGAAAGCGGGAAAGUGUCCAUCACCUUCUUCCGACUGUUCCGAGUGCUGAGGUUGGUCAAGCUGCUCAGCAAAGGGGAGGGCAUUCGAACGCUUCUCUGGACCUUUGUGAAGUCCCUCCAGGCCCUGCCGUACGUAGGUCUGCUCAUCGCCAUGAUCUUCUUCAUCUAUGCUGUGAUCGGCAUGCAGACAUUCGGGAAAGUGGCCGUUGAUGAUGACACACACAUCAACAGAAACUGCAACUUCCAGACUUUCUUCAUGGCCGUGUUGGUGCUCUUCAGGUGCGCCACCGGAGAGCAGUGGCAGGAGAUCAUGCUGGCAGCGCUGCCCGGCAGACGCUGUGACCCGGAGGCCGACAUCGAACCGGGCGAAGAGUUCACCUGCGGUAGCAACCUGUCCUACAUCUACUUCAUCAGCUUCUUCAUGCUUUGUGCCUACCUGAUCAUCAACCUGUUCAUCGCUGUCAUCAUGGACAACUUUGAAUACCUGACCCGAGACUGGACCGUGCUCGGGACCCACCACCUGGAUGAGUUCAAGAGAGUUUGGUCUGACUACGACCCAGAGGCCACCGGCCGGAUAAAGCACAUCGACGUCGUCACAAUGUUGCGUAGGAUUCAGCCGCCGCUUGGUUUUGGAAAACUGUGUCCUCACCGCGUCGCCUGCAAGAGACUGGUCGCUAUGAAUGUGCCGCUGCAUCCAGAUGGGACGGUCACCUUCAACGCCACGCUGUUCGCUCUCGUACGAACUUCGCUCAAGAUCAAGACUGAAGGCCCCAUCGACCAGCAGAAUGAGGAGCUGAAGCUUAUCAUUAAGAAGCUGUGGAAGCGAACUAAACCCAAGCUCAUUGACGAAGUCAUUCCUCCCCCUAGAGGCGAUGAGGUGACCUGUGGGAAGUUUUACGCCAGCUUCUUGAUUCAGGACUAUUUUAAGAAGUUCCGCAAGAGAAAGGAAAGAGAGAGGAAAUCCAAAAAAAAGGACCGGGCAGCUGCUCUGCAGCUGGGGCUGCGCUCGCUGCAGGACCUGGCUCCAGAGAUGCGCCUGGCGAUGGCCUGCGACAUAGAAGAGGAGGAAGGUGCCGACGGGGAGAUGACGGGCGACGAGCUGUUCGACAGCGAGCAUGGAACGUCUGUGACCACGACGCCCGCCACCACUCCACUGCCACCUCUGCACACCCUGGUGGAGCAGACGGCUGUGAUAAUGGAGCCGGAGCCCAGCAGCGCUGGUGGGGGAGUGAUCACAGAGCAGGUGACGGGGCUGUAUGACCAUCAGAGACCCGGGUCGGAGAUGGCGGGGGUCAGCGUGGUCACUGAGCAGCCUACAAGGUCCGAACCGCUGCCCAUGAGUUGUGCGAUGAUCCCCGAACCGCUGCCCAUCAGCAUGGACUUCAUCAGCGAGUCGCCUCUUCCUCCUCCUCCUCCUCCUCCUCAUCCUCCUCCUCCCCCAGAGAUGACAGAUGGCGGAGAGGCUGUAGCUGAGGAACCAGUGGUGCUGGCUACAGCUGAAAUAACUGAGCCUGUUUAUAACACUGAUUGCGAUGCUGUGAGUGUAGUAUCCAUAGACAGGUACAUGUAUCCAGAGCCCAUUUCUCCUGUCCCAACUGAGACCGGCUACAACGGGCUGAGCCUGGACAGAGCGAGCAGCAUCGGGGAGGCUCUUUAUGACUCCCAGGACGCCAGCGACUUUGUCGGCAACGGAUACGCCGUCGCGGCUACGAACGGAGAGAGCGUCGCAGAGAGCCCCGCUCCCUACGCGGCGAGCGAAUACAACGGCACGGGCCUCGUCGAGAACGGCAGCUUCGUCAGCGCCAACGGCAUCGAGGGCGCGAUGAGCGUCAGCAACGACAACGGCAGCGCCGCCAACGGCUACGGCAGCUACGGCAGCAACGGCUACGGCGGCGAAGAAGCCGGAGGCACGCAGUUCGUCAGGCGCCGGCUGCUUCCUUCCAUACCCAAAGGCCGAAAGCCUGCAUUUAACUUCCAGUGUCUGAGGCCUCAGAGCAGCGUGGACGACCUCCCCAUCCCAGGGAACUACCACGGGAACACGUCUCCAUCCAGAUCCCGCCUACAAACCCAGCACAGCCUGGACUCCAGACGCAGCAGCGUGUCCUCGCUGUCGUCGGCCUCGUGGGCAAACACGACGGCAGCUGGUGCCACUCCGGUUCCGAGAAUCGUCGCCCCCUCGCCGCACAAGGGCAAGCUCAUCUACACCCCCAUGAUGCUGAUGGACGAAGUCACCGGCACCAGCCGGCCGCUGUGGAGCGACGGCUCCGCCAGCCUCCCCGCAGGGGGCCGCCCCGGUUGGUACCCCGGUCAGACGAGGACCUUCACCAGCACGAGGAUGCCGCCCGUCAACCAGGGCUUCGUGGACAAAGGCAGCGCAGACAGUCUGGUGGAGUCGAUCCUGAUCUCCGAGGGUCUCGGCAUGUACGCCCGGGACCCAAAGUUUGUGACUUUCGCCAAGCGGGAGAUUGCCGAGGCCUGUCACAUGAGCCUGGAUGAGAUGGAGAACGCUGCCGCUGACCUGAUCGCCCGCGGAGCCGGUCAGUCCAUUUCCCGCUUCGAGGACGAACUGGCCGAUGAAAUGAACUGUGUCAUUUCCUACUGAGAUCCACUAAGCCGUGUGCGGUAGUAAGGCGGUGUGUUGAUUUCAGCUGAGGAAUAAAAAUGACACAUCAGAGAGGGGGGAUUUAAGCAUAUUUGACUGAAUUAUGUUUCGAUAUGCUUCGUGUGAGAAUGCCAAAACACAGAGGACAUCAGUGACUAGAGCCUGAUGAGCGCGACAGCAAAGAAUGACUCUUAUUAUUCCAGAGGAUGACUUUUGCGUUACUUGUUAAUUUUGUACUUAAAACCGUCUCUUUAUUCAUCUGUGCAGUGAAGGAGUAUGACCUGAAAAUUUAAACAUAUUAAACUAUUACAUCAAUAAAAUGCUUUUAAUCCUGUUUGUGAGUGCAGCAUUUUCUCUUUUAGAAUACUGAACAUCCUCUAUGGUGACAUACGCAAACUGUCACUAACCUACCAGCUAACAAAAUGGCUGACAAGCCUCUAAACCAACAAAAAGGCAACCAACAAAAACAACAAAUCUCUAGAGGGUGAUGCACCAACCAGCAGACAGCAUGUGAGAAAUGAGUCCUUAUAUACUGGAUGUAGCAGCAGGUGCAGGCGAUUGACAUGAUUAGAGCAGACAGGAAACAGAAACAGAAAGUGAUGUCACGCACACCAGACAGGACGAACAACAGCGCCCCUGAAGGUCGAAGGGCCAAACUAAAUGUGUCACAAACACAUUUAUCCGUGUUUUCGAAUUUUAAUUGUGCUUCAGUUGUUCUUGUCUAAUCAUAACAUACUGUGCACUGUUGUGGAAAGCUGCUCUCUGUCUUGUUUGCGUUUUGCCCAGCAGCAGAUGAUGUCAUGGAUGCUGAAAACCUCAAAAUAGGGAAGAGUGAAUGAUAUUAUAAUGAUAUUAUAACUUGCUCACAGAUGGUAACAUCUGCGCUUCAUGUUCUCCUGUCUGCACAAAUAAAAACAUACAACACAAUAA